AUGAGUUUUGGUAAGAAAGGUGACAGUGAAGCACAAUUGCUGUACCUGAGCUUACAAAACAGAGGUGGGAUGUCACAGCAGCAUAUGUUCACAAAAGCAAAAUCACAAAGUGAAGCUGCUGUGAAAGCUAGUUUUAUAGUGGCAGAAGAGAUAGCUAAAUCAACCCUGCCAUUUGCAGAGGGGGAGUUUUUGAAGCGCUGCAUGAUUAAAGUGUGUGAAGUCUUGUGUCCAGACCAAAAGCAAGCUUUUUUUAAUGUAAGCCUAAGCAGAAAUACUGUUGUUGAUCGGAUAUGUGAGCUUGCCACUGAUCUACAAAGACAAUUGGUUGAAAAGGGAAAAGAAUUUAUUGCUUAUUCCUUUGCUGUGGAUGAGAGCACUGACAUCUCUGACACAGCACAGCUGACAAUCUUCAUCCGUGGAGUGGACUCAAGUUUGUGUAUUAUGGAGGAACUUCUGGCUAUAGAAUCAAUGCAUGCCACUACCACUGGAAAGGACAUAUUUGAAGCAGUAUCCAAAAGUAUAAAUGAUAUGAAACUGCCCUGGGACAAACUUAUAGGGCUCACAACAGAUGGAGCACCUUCAAUGUGCAGGGAAAAGAGUGGAUUAGUAGGAAGGAUGUGGGAAAAAAUGAAGAGCGAGAAUUGCACAAGUGAGCUGAUAGCAUAUCACUGCAUCAUACAUCAAGAAACACUAUGCGGCAAAGCCCUGAAAAUGGAACAUGUAAUGCACACUGUAACACAGACAGUUAACUUUAUAAGAGCCAGAGGUUUAAAUCACCAUCAAUUUAAGUCUUUUCUUGAAGAUAUAAAUUCUGAACUUGGUGAUCUCCCUUAUCACACAGAGGUGCGAUGGCUAAGUCGAGGAAAAGUGCUCAAUAGAUUUUUUGAAUUGCAUGUGGAAAUCUGUCAGUUUAUUGAAACCAAAGGAAAAGACUCCACAGCAUUGCGGGAUGAAAAGUGGCUAUGUGAAUUAGCUUUUCUAUGUGACAUUACUAAUUAUCUCUGUGCACUAAACCUUCAGCUUCAGGGACGGGACCGUGUGAUCACAGACAUGUACGAUGCUGUGAAAGCUUUUCAAGUAAAGCUGCAUCUGUGGGAGACUCAGAUGCAGCAAGGAAACUUGAGUCACUUUCCCAGUUGCCAAACAAUAAAAAACCAAGUCUCCACCACUGUGUUCUCAAGUGCUCAGUUUGCUGGUAAACUGAGCACACUUCAGAUGGAAUUUACACGUCGCUUUGUUGAUUUUGAAAGAUGGAAAUUCAGUUUUGGAUUGCUCAGCAAUCCAUUUUCAGUCGAAGUGGAGAGCGCACCUGUAAAUAUCCAGAUGGAGAUGAUAGAACUCCAAUGUAAUAGCACGCUGAAGGGAAAGUAUAAUUCUGUAGGACCCACACAGUUCACCAGUUUCAUCCUUGAAACAAUGCCCCAACUCUGCCUACAAGCUGCUCGAAUGCUCUGCAUGUUUGGGAGUACAUACCUCUGUGAGCAACUUUUCUCUGUCAUGAGGGUGAACAAAAGUGCACACAGAAGUCUGCUCACUGAUGCCAAACAUGGAUGA